AGCUGUUGGAGCUCUCCUUCGUUGGUGUUAAUUUUUGUAAUAUUAGCUCCAAAGUGUAAUUCCGAUAAGUUACAUAAACAAGAAGUAAGGAAUAGCAAAUCAUUUUGUUCAGUAAUCACAUGUUGCAAGAUCUGAGAGCAGUUGGUAUUAGGUGGAUUGUUAUACACCAGGGGACCUCUCAUGUAAUGUUCAUUUCCAAUUUGACUCAUUUGCCUUGGACUAUGUCUUCUUCUUAACUGCUCUUCCCUUUUUCUGUUUGCAGUGAACAAUUCCUCUAUUUAAGGCCUCAACUUUCAGUAUUAACUUCAAAAAACACAACUUUCUAUUUAAGUUACUGUAGAAAUUUAAUGGCUUCCUUCUACUUAGCUUCUUUCUGCGUGAUGCUACUGAUCAAGUUUUCAGUAACAUUUGCAAGUGGAAAUGUUGUUUCAAACAAGUUGGAGAAAACAUGCAUUGAUGGUGUAACCAUCGCGUUAAGUUUUGGUUUGUACCUAAACAGCUGUCCAGAAGCUGAAGCUAUCAUCUUUUCAUGGGUGGAAAGUGCAGUGUCCCAAGACCCCAGAAUGGCUGCUUCUUUGCUUCGUCUUCAUUUCCAUGACUGUUUCGUUAAUGGAUGUGACGCAUCAGUACUCCUGGACGAUACCCCUAGUUUUAGCGGAGAGAAAACAGCUGGACCAAACUUGAACUCAUUAAGGGGUUUUGAAGUGAUUGAUAACAUCAAAGCUGAUCUAGAAUAUGCUUGUCCCCAAACUGUAUCGUGUGCUGAUAUUCUUUCUAUUGCUGCUAGAGAUUCUGUUGUCCUGUCAGGAGGCUUGGGAUGGCAAGUGCAAAUGGGGAGAAAGGAUAGCUUAACAGCAAGCAAAACAGAAGCAAAUAACAACAUCCCAGGACCAAACUCAAAUGUAGCCACCCUUGUUACCAACUUUCAAAAUCUUGGUCUUUCUCUUCAAGAUAUGGUCACUCUGUCAGGUGCACAUACAAUUGGGAAGGCUAGAUGUGCUACAUUUAGCUCCAGGCUAAACAACAAUAACGCGGGCGUUAGCAAUUCAGAGAUGAACUUGGAUUUCUUGCAGUCACUGCAACAACUGUGCUCAGCUAACAAUAACACUACACUAGCAAAUCUUGAUAACAUGACUCCAUCAACGUUCGAUAAUCACUACUACGUUAAUCUUCUAUCAGGAAAAGGUUUGCUUGUUUCUGAUCAAGUCCUAGCAACUGGAGAUGACGAUAACACUAGAGAAAUUGUGCAGAAUUAUGUAGACGAUCCAUCUGUGUUUCUUGAGGAUUUCAAAAACUCCAUGCUCAAAAUGGGAAGCUUACCACCACCAACAGGAACAAAUGGCGAAAUUCGCGUUAACUGUAGGGUUAUUAAUUAAAGUUGGA